CUCCCCUUCCCCGCAGACGCCAAACCCAGUACCGCACCGUUGCCAUGAUAAAAUCAAAUCCAAGCCCUGGCUGUCUAUUUAUCUAUUCACGCACGCUGCUGCUCCAAUCCAUCAUCGUUAAUCCGGUCAAGCCACUCGUGAUUGAUCUCCGUCCCAUCUUCGCCAAGAUCUUCGUGUUGCUCUGCAUUGCGAGGAGUCGGUUACCCGUGCAAGAAGAUGCAAGAGGCCUCGUCGUCUUCUCUCCCGGCGCUGAGCAGCGCCUACCAGCCUCUCCCGUCGCUGUACCUUGGGUUCUUGGCGAUAUGGGCGGCGUCGGGGAUCUCCUGGGCCUUCAGCUCAUGGAGGAAUCGGCACUUCCAGGCAAAUAACCUUCAGUGGAUCCUGGCCUUGGUUCCCCUGAUCAAAGCUUUGCAAAUGGCACUCUCAUUUCUGUUCUGGUACUCGUGCGUCCACCUUCAGACAUGCUCGCUGUGGAUGUCGUUCGGCGUGUACGUGACGGGGAUCCUCUUCCAGACGGCCUCCUUCGUCUCCUUCAUGCUCAUCUCCCACGGUUACUGCAUCAUGUACGAGCGCCUCUCCAUCAGGGAGAGACGCACGACCGCGGGUCUCGGGUGCCUCCUCUACCUUAGCCUCAUCGGUUAUAAAGCUGCAGUCCCUUACUUCACCGGGUUUCUUCUGAUGAACUACUUCGCGUCAUUCUACAUCAUAUUCCGCCGCACAUCGCAAUGCCUGUUGGUUCUUCGCGAGCAGCUUAAUUUCGUGGAGGAGGAAGACAUCCAUUCACUGCAUGGGACACUCAACACCAAGUACACAAUGUUCAAGAGAUUUCAGGGUACAAUGCAGGUGGCAGCGGUGGCAUUCAUCAUGGUGUACAUGAGGGCUGACGAUACGCCGGAUAACUUCUGGUUCCGCGUGUUGGUACGCGAAUGGGUACAGUUCUGCAUCUUCAUGUACAUUGGGUGGAACUUCAGGAUCCCUGAAGCAUCACUCCACCUGCCGGUCAUGCCCCUGAUGAAGUCAAACUGGACGAUUGCCAUGCCACCCAUUUACAGCGUGGAAAUGGAUGCAGCCGAUUUCAGAGGCCUCGUCUCGGACGAAUGGCAUGUUGGAGUGAGGACUUCUCGUGCCGACGCCUGCUAUUCUUCAGAACCGUUGCUGGUGCUAGUCCAGAAUCCUAGCCCCAAGGUCUCCCGUGCCGCCAUAGCUUCAGGCUUCAGUUGAACAAGGACAAACAAGGUUCAUUUCUGAGACCGGGAGAUGCAGAAGAUCCCAUCGACCAACUGCCUGAUCCGGAAACCGGUGAUAGGACGGUUGAGCUGCAACAGAGAAAUAUUGAACGCCUCGGUGCACUAGUUUCCUGUUAGCGCUAGGAAAUAGUCUGCAGUUUUCUGUACACUGACAAACAGAGACGCGUUCGCUUCUUCAUCGGUGAAUCCACCUUUUUUUGCAUCCCAAAGUAUAUUUCGUUCUUCCCCAAGUACAGGAAGAUCUUUCACAUGUGAAACACACAUCCAAAAUGAAUGAGUAGCAAUUACAUUUGCAUCGGA